AUGGAGAAAUUGGCCUUUGAGAGGUGCAUAAAAACUCUUCAAGAUUCACAACUCGAGAUAGAUGAGCUGGUGACUGAUGCACAUCCACAAAUUGCUAAACUAAUGAGGACUAGGUAUGCAUCAAUCAAGCACUCCUUCGAUAUGUGGCAUGGGGCCAAAAAUCUUGGUAAACAAAUUAACAAGGCUGGACAGCAGCGUGGCUGCAGAAUUCUGUGUCAGUGGACCAGGCAAAUUGUCAAUCACUUCUGGUAUUGCUGUCAGCACUCAGAGAGUACAGAAGAAUUCAUGAUCCAUUGGGGUGGUAUUUUAUACCAUGUUGUAAACCAGCAUGAGUGGGGUAGUGGGAUACAUGAUAACGAUGAACCGGUUGGACAAUGUCAGCAUGAGUCUCUUGGGGUGGAGCAUGCGCCGCCAUGGCUAGAGCCUGACAGCCCAGCCCAUGAAAAGUUAAGGCAGAUUGUUCUAGACCCCAGAUUUGUGGAGAAAACAAGACAUUACGUCAGCUACAGAACAACAGCAGAAUUAGAACAGUUCCACCAGGUCAUAUUAAAGUAUGCUUCAAAACGGCAGUCCUACACUUUCCCUGCAUUUCGGGCUCGGAAUUUUCUUGCUGCGAUAGACCACAACAGCCACAGAGGUCGUCCAUAUGCGCGUAACAAGGAAGGCAGAUAUGUGUAAGAAAAUACAAUAAUU